AUGAGAAUCUCGGUUCUUGUUUCGCUACUUGCGGUCGCAUCGGGGCCUGCCGUCGCUGUGGCCGUCUUGGAUGAGAGACAGUUCUCGAGCUCGACUUCAGCCAUCGGUACCGGCGUCCUUACCUCGUCCGUCUUCUCCGCUCCGACGUCCGUCCCGGCGCCCACCGUCAACAGCAGCGUCUACGACCUGUCCCAGCACUUUUGCCGGAUCUGGAGGCAUGCCAGUGUCUACGCCGACGGCAAGAUUUACAUCGACGGCGGCAACACCUACGUCCCGCGGAACGGCAAGACCUUUUACAACACCGAGGCCAAGGACUAUGGCCCGGGGAUGCACACCCAGCUCUUGGUUCUAGACCUCUCCAGCAACUUCACAAACCAAGAGUCCAGCCCCUACACGUCCGUUUUCAAAGCUCCCGGCGUCCCCAACGGACUCAUCGAGCACGCUCUAUGGUACUCGGCCUCGACCCGCAAGAUCUACCAGCUCGGCGGCUGGUUCUCCUUCAACAGCGACGAGAACCCGGCCUACAUCGCCGACAGGGAUAUCCCCGAGCCCGCCGUCUGGGAGUUCGACAUCGACACCGAGCAGUGGUCCCGCGCGGAUGGGUGGGACGUCUCGAACAACGGCGGCAUCGUCGACAGGCCCGGCGCGGCCGCCUUUUGCGACGCACCGGCGCUGAACAGGAGCUACAUCUUUGAAGGGUACACGCAGCGGCGGUCCAGUCCCGCGAAUGCUGCCUACGGCGCGUCGUCCGACUUUCGAUUCAUCGAGGGAAUGCUCGAGCUCGACACGGCGGACCGCUCUCGGCCGAGGCUCGCCAACAUUUCGGUCCCAACCUACGUCGGCCCGCGCAUGAACGGCGCCAUGGUCCACGUGCCGGUCGGCGAAAAGGGCAUCAUCGUCAACAUUGGCGGUCAGGCCACUCGCGACCCUACCCCGUACGGCGUCCGUGUGCAGAACGCGAACGCGGGGAACGUCAAUAUCAACCUCUCCUUCGUCGACAUCUACGACAUUGAGACGGGCUUCUGGUUCCGCCAGGAGACUUUCGGCCUCCCCGACAUCCCCGCCGGUCGCUCCGACAUCUGCGCCGUGGUCGUCCCCGCCGCCGACGCCUCCUCCUACAACAUCUACAUGAUCGCCGGCGUCGAGAACUACGCCACCGCCAUCACCUCGGAGGAGGUCUGGGUCCUGACCCUGCCCACCUUCAGCUGGAUCCUCGUCCACACCCGCGCCGACGGCAUGUACGGCCACACCUGCCACGCCGUCGGCGAGAACCUGCUGCUCGUCGGUGGCAUGCAGACCCGCAACGACGGCUCCGGCGGCAACGUCAACACCUGCGCCGACCACAUGCCCGUCGAGGUCUUCUCCCUCGCCACCCAGAACUACACGGGCCGCUACGACGCCCGCGCCGCCCAGAGGCUCGCCCCCGUGCCGUCCCAGGUCGUCGCCGCCGUCGGGGGCACCGCGUCCGGCGGCGCAAACCUCCGCGCCCCGAGGGCCUGGAGCGAUGUCUACCUGCAGUACAUCUUCGACCCAUCCCUCAUCCGCCCGAAAUAUACGCCCGGAUACACCCUCGUGGUCGAGCCGAGCGCUACAGCGACGGCGACGCUGGCCCCCAAAGAGGACGACGGCCCGUCCACGGGUGCCAUCGCGGGCGGCGUCGUCGGCGGCGUGCUGGGCCUGGUAGCCCUCGUCGGGCUCGGGGUCUUCUUCGUUCUGAGGCGGAACCGGAAGAAGAGGAGGGAGCGCGAGGCCGCAGAGGCCGUGCAGGCCUCGCGCCAGAGCGCCUUCUCCGAGCUGCCGGGAUAUACGCCGUACUCGUCGCCCGAGCCGAAGCCCGGGAUCCUGGACUCGCCGACUUCGCCGGUCCAUCACGUCCACCCGGCGCACGCCUACGCCGCGGAGCUCGAGGUUCCGGGGAACGCAAGCGAGAUGCCGAGCAGCCCGCGGUAUGGCGGGUCGUCGGUGGAGAUGGACAGCGAGGUCACGCAGAGCCCGAGAGCGGGGGAUGUGAGUCCCGCGCUUGGGGACGAGGGGUACGGGCACCACGAUGGGCGUCAGGGGGGGGUUGGACCCGGGAGGUAA